AUGGAGCCGGUGCUUUUCUCGCUGCCAGAGGCCGCCUGCCCCGGAGCCGCGCCGGCCACAGGUCCGAGCCCCGCGGGCUGCGCGCCCCCUCGGCUCCUUCCCUCGCCGUGUGCGGUGAGUUCGGCCCGGCCCGGCUGGGGAUCCCUGGAUCGGGGCCGCCCGCCCGGCGCCCGGCGCUCUAACGCGAUCUUUCCCCGCAGGGGGGCGCUGAGCCCGCCGGGCACCUGCUGGCCAUGCGGACGACGUGAGCCUCGGGCGCCCAGGGGAGCGAUCCCGGCGGCGGGGUCGGGCCAUGGCCCCCGGGGCCGGCUGAGCGGAGGAGCUGCGGGAGAGCUGCCGCCGCCGCCGCCGCCGCCGGGAGAGCGGAGCCCCCUCGCGCACCUCCGCGGCCAUUCCCGGCGAGGGUCUGCCCGUCGCCGCUCUAACCUGCCCCCCGGUGACCGCGUAUCUCCGGCGCAGGGAGCGGAUUCGAUGCCCUGGAAGGGCCGGUACCCCAGGGCAGAGGGAGGCGCUUCCCGGCCCGGAUCCACGGAGCAUGGUCCCCGGAGAGCCGCGCGCAGCAGCCGAGACGGAGCGCACGGUAGGAUGGAGUGGAGAGUGGAGGGGCCAAGGCACAGAUCAGACAGACCACCCUCUGUCUACAGAAGUUUGCCCGUCCGACAAGUACAAUACAGGGAGCUGGGAUUGUGGGGUACGCUCAUCCUGCUAUCACUGUUUGCUGGGGCAGUUAUGGCAAGCCAAGAGACCUGGCAUCGUAACCAGACCUUGGGAGCAGCCUCUGGAAGCAUGGGCACUGCCAGUCCUGCCCCCGUGGAGAAAAGUGGCAGGGAAGCGCCAUCACGGAGACACUGGAAUGGGCAAAACGUGACCGGACAAGGACUGAGCGCCUCGCAGCUGCUCCGGGCUGAGCGCUCCCCAAAGCCCAAGAAAGGAUCCCGGAAGUCUGGGCGGGGCCCCCGCAGCGACUGCCGCCUGCACAGCCUCACGGUGAAGGUGCGGGAGCUGGGGCUGGGCUACGACUCAGACGAGUUUGUGAGGUUCAGGUACUGCAGUGGCUCCUGCCAACAAAGCCGCACAAACUAUGACCUGAGCUUGAGCCGCCUGCUGGAGCAGCACGCCAUGGUGCCGAGGCCUCACGACCGCCCCUGCUGCCGCCCCACCCGAUACGAAACCUUCUCCUUCAUGGACGUAAACAAUGCCUGGCAGACAGCGAGCCAAAUCUCAGCAUCACAGUGUGGCUGCGUGGGCUGACGGCACUGUCUGCUUGGAGCUUACCGCAUCCGUGAGAUGACUGGUGUCCUUGCUCACAUGGCAGCCAUGCCAAAAGCUGGCCCAGUCUGUGGCUCAUGAGACGAGGAGAGACGCAGCCCGUGAUGGUGCUUCCCAGGCCAGGAAGCACAAGCGAGUGAACCACAAGCAGGAGGGGAACGUGGCAUUCCUGGCUCUAAAGUGCCUGGCCCUGCAUCAGGAUACUUGUGGGACACCUUUGCAGAGGAUCCUCUUCAGACAGCAACAAGAUGGCGAGGCCAAGGCUGGCCAGACCUUGAUGGCAGCACUCUGGGUGGAUCUUUCUCCUUCAGGGAUUAGCCUGUCAACAGGGUUGUGAAUUUGCUCACCUUCUGAGUCAGAUGAUGGGUAGGGAUGUAGCCAAGAGACCUGUGGUGCUAAUGGGUAGCUCCUUAAGUGCCCCUCCUUAACACAAAUCCUUUUUCAGGCAGUUGAAAGAAGUAGGCUGCUUGCCCCAUCAGUUGCAAGUCUCGUGUUUCCUUCCCCCCCCUUUUUUCAGGCCCACAACCUCUCUUGGCCCUAGCAAUAUGGUCCAUCCCCACCAAGGAGCAGACGUAGCUGAGCAUGAGAGUUUUGCAACACUUAAUAGGAGCUUCAAGGCCAGCCUGUAGUAGUUACUCUACACCUUCUCUGUGGCCUGGAGGUCCAUGGUUGUUACCACCAUUGAUCGUGUGCUAGGAUAGUCCGCACACUUGUUGAGGACUUCCUCCUGGAUUUGUUUUGGGAUGGUCUUCGUUCUUAGAAUCUUCAACCUGUUUUGUGAAUGUCUCCUGGUGAGAACAGGCCCUUGGCAAGUAGAGGCUGGGAUCUGAACAAUCAUGGCUGAGUGGCAGCCAUGGGGGUAGCUGGAGAUGAGACUGCCCCAUAUGGGGUUCAUCUCUCCUUUCUUGGACACCUGGCCCAAAGUGGCACAGCUGAUGAAGCCUCCAUUUCCACAACACAGUCAAGGCAUCUGCAGCUGGAGAAGGGGCUUUCCCUAGAAAUCCAGCGAUGGUGUUAACACCUGAGUUUGUGACAUUCCCUAACGCUUCAGCGACAUCACUUCUCAGGCUGGCACUGCAAGCAGCAAAGGCCCAAACCAUUCCCAGAGUCCUGGCUCAACCAUCACUUGGUAUCAGCAGGGUAGAGACCUCCCUGCCCUUGAAGUGACACUUUCUGAACAAAAGUUAUUUAUUCUCUAACUUAUUUAUUUAUUUGUUUGCCCCCCCACUUCCCCCACUUCAGUGGCAUUUAUUUAUGAUGCUGAGAGCUGGGCCUGGUGUACCAUUUAAAGCGGAUGCUGAUGUGAUGCCCUGGCCUGGGACCAGCAGUUCCUGUUCCCUUUGCCCCACUGGGCCUGAGCGAAAUCAUUUCCUCUUCUGGUUUUAUAUUCGCUACCCUUUAUUUGCAUUUGGAUAAACUCUAUUUUUGUACAGCAGCAACUUC